ACAUAAAGUACAUGCACCAGUUAACACAGACGUCAACAAAGAGUACACUUCCGAAAUGCUGACAAAACAAAGUCUACGUUUGACUGUAAUUGCUUGCUUACACCUCAUGACUCCAUGGACUGCUGGUCAGGCCAAUACUGGGGGCCUCGUGAUCUACAGCUCGCCACUCUAUUGUUUGACUAUAGUCUCAACGUAUCAGACUUGCCCUCCUACAUACUGCUAUACGUCUAGCACACGUAGUCAGUGCUGUAUGGGACUCUACAAGACAAUCACGGGAAGUCUGUAUCAACAGUGUAAGUGCACCUCAGCUGUAGGAUGUACUCCUCUCUCUGGGUCACAGACAGCAGUGGCUCCCACGUCUUCCUUCUUCUACGACACGCCCUUAUACUGCAGCUCCACACCAUCAACCAAUUUAUGUGCCACCUCUGACGCAUGCUUUAACUCAGCCACUCGAAGUUCAUGUUGUAUUAGUGUCCAGAGGAUUCCACAAACUAUUAGUGGUAUGCCAGACACAUUUACAACGUGUUCCUGUAACGCUGGAGUUCAAUGCCCUGCUCCUGCCAUACAAAAUGGACGUUAAGAGUUCUCCAAGUAACUUGUGCGACAAAGCCAACUUUGUCUUUUCUUCUGUUUCGUUGAGAAAUGUUUGUGUUGUUGCUGGAGAUAGAAAUAAAAUGGUAGAUUUCUUU